UUUUAACAUAUAAAAGCUGUACCUUGGAAAGUAAAAUGUAUCGUAUGAUAUUUUGCAGUUUACGAAAAUAUUUCGACAUGAAAGUCGAGGUGACCACAGCGGUGAACUUCAUCACCGGAUUACUGAAAGGAAGAGGACCUCUGUCCGAAAAACAGCUCCAACACUUCAGCCGUUCUCUGGAAGAGGCGUUAGGAGAGCAUUAUGAGCACCACUGGUUCCCUGACGCACCGUUCAGAGGUUCGGGAUAUCGAUGCAUCAGAAUCAAUCGCAGGAUGGACCCGCUAGUAGGGAAGGCUGCUUACACCAGUGGUCUCAGCAUGGAGCAGGUUCGCGCCCUCUUACCGUGUGAGCUGACAGUGUGGGUCGACCCCUACGAAGUGUCCUACCGGAUCGGGGAGAACGGGUCCAUAGGUGUGCUGUAA